AUGAUCGACAGAUACAUGUUGUUGAGGCUCAACCCGGAAACAGUUGUGAAGCCCGACGCCCUGACACUGUACACCGUAUUCAUGGGCCCAUGGAACUGGAAGCAGGGAAUGGCAAAUAAAUUGGCCUCGCGGAUCGAGAGUUCGUACGCAAUGGCGGCGCGCAACCUGACGCAAGAGGAGGUCGACGCGAUCGUUACGCACUCGUCUCGGCACGUGUACCACCAAAGACUGGCCAUUCCAGCGGCGUCAGUGGUUUUGACCGCCUACUGGGCCAACAACCUCCACAAAGCAGGGCACUGGUCGCCCGGCGACUCGCCACUGAAGCUCUUCGCUACGGCGCAAAACUGGGCUAGGAACGGCGGGGCUGGGUUCCGGGGCACAAUUGCUUCGGCCCUGUUCAAGUCGAUUUUCAUCGCCUCCACCACUGUCUUUGGUGUGACCUUCUGGGCCACGUUCUCGCAGACAAUGAACAUCCUUUCCGAUCCGCGCCUAAAGGAUUUCAGGGAAGAUUCGCGCGUGCAGAACCAUGAGGAAGUGCGCAAGCGCAAGGAGCAGGCUGAAUCUCAGCGCAUGCGUGCUAAACGCGCUGGCGGAAAGACCCUAGACUCCCGGAUUCUGCUGGCGCUGGAGGGUGUCGAUUACUCUUUGGGUGACGCCAGUUUUUCCACGAGUCCCGAGUCUGACAGGGACCCCUACUAUAGCCCCGCAUCCCCAGAGCCCGUCUCAGACACCAACUCGGACUACACUACCUCGCGAAAGCCCACACAAUCCACCUCUCCUGAAGUCCCCCGAAAACGACCUACAUACGGCAGCCAGAAAACAACACGAGAGACAGGCAACGAGCCGAGCUCGAACACGGAUUUCUUUGGCAACGAUGACGACGCCAGCCCCACGGCCCCGGAGUACCGCCACACCAAUAUUGAUGGCACUCCUGCUGGUAGCGCCUGGGAGCGAGUCCGCCGACAGGGCACCGCAUCGACGUCCCAGCCUCGUCAGUCUUUCCCGCGAUCGACAACAUCCGAGUCCAGGGACUCUGCGUCACCAACAGACCAGGGUUCAUACGAAUAUACCAGAAAUCGUGAAAAGGAGCAGGCGCAAGCAGAAUUUGAUAAGAUGAUUGAGUCGGAGAGGAACGUCCCCAGUGACAGCCCGCCGCGUCGUCAAGGAUGGUGGUCUUAG